GCAUAGUUGACAAAACAACCCUAGCCUCUGUUUUCGUCUGCAUAAGCGAUCAGAUUCUUCAGAAACUCUUCUUACAACCCCAAUAAAUCUCUCCCUUUAUAAACCCUCACAUACAAAUUCUCACACCACUUUCUUCCCGCUCUUUCACUUCAAUUCAACUCUUCAAUCUCUCAGAUCUGUGAAGAAGAAGAGUAAUCAAAAAAGAAAAGAAAAAACCUAGAUCUUGCUUGUUCUCACAAUCAUUUACCCAGAAAACAAAGAAAUUAAGCUUUGUUUGAAGGCUAGAGUAGAGAGUAAGGUUAAAUUGGAUCAUCCAUGGCUGAGCAAGGAUUGGAAGGGAGCCAACCUGUGGAUCUUCAGAAGCACCCUUCUGGGAUUGUGCCUACCCUUCAAAAUAUUGUGUCAACUGUCAAUUUGGACUGUAAGCUGGAGCUUAAAUCGAUUGCACUUCAAGCUCGUAAUGCAGAAUACAAUCCAAAGCGUUUUGCUGCUGUGAUUAUGAGGAUCAGGGAACCAAAAACAACUGCACUUAUUUUUGCGUCUGGCAAGAUGGUCUGUACUGGAGCUAAGAGUGAGGAACAGUCUAGAUUGGCAGCAAGAAAGUAUGCUAGAAUUAUCCAAAAGCUUGGCUUCCCAGCCAAAUUUAAGGAUUUUAAGAUUCAAAAUAUAGUUGGCUCUUGUGAUGUCAAGUUCCCCAUACGGCUUGAGGGUCUUGCAUAUUCCCAUGGUGCUUUCUCAAGUUAUGAACCAGAGCUGUUUCCAGGACUGAUCUAUCGAAUGAAGCAACCGAAGAUAGUCUUGCUUAUAUUUGUCUCUGGAAAAAUUGUUCUGACAGGAGCCAAGGUGAGGGAUGAGACUUACACAGCCUUUGAAAACAUAUAUCCUGUGCUUACUGAGUUCAGGAAAAACCAACAAUGAAAUAAACUGAGUUUUGUUGUUUGCGAGCAUUUUCUUCAUGUAUUCUGGACCCAGGGUGACCGCUGUGGAUGUGUCUGAAACAUAUCAUGUGUUCUGAUGUCUUGGAAUAUUUGCUAUUAAAUGGCAGAUUACUAUCAAGAGCAGGAAGACCAUUUUCAGGCCGAGAAGAACAUAGAUCAUGGGCUCCGCUUGAUUAAGCUGUGAAUAUAAUGACAGGAGUUCUUUGGGAUGAGAUAAACUAAGCCAUUUUUGUUUGGUGUUUUUGAAAAAAAAAAAAAAAGGAUAUUCAUGUGUAAAUUGAACAAAUUGUGGAUUCAGUUUGAUGUUUUCAAAGAAAAGAAAGAUUCACCCGGAGUUUCAAUACA